AUGUGGUUCGCUCAAACCCUUCAUUACUUGACUCCAAGCCCACAAUGUGCUGCCCAUGUUGGUUUGACGCGUACCUUUGUUGUUGGGUGUGGCCUGGUCUUGUGUGGGGCGGGGUUGAGACUAUGGUGCUACCGUUCUCUGGGGCAAUUCUUCACGUUUGAACUAACAAUUAGCAAGAAACACAAGCUCAUAACGUCGGGGCCGUACUCCAUCGUCCGACAUCCUUCAUAUCUUGGUGCAUUCUUGAUGCUCGCAGGCUUUCCACUCGCGUAUUUCGGAGACGGAAGCUGGUUGCGUGAGUGCGUGGUCACGAACACAAUUCCUAGACGCGUCUUGGACAUCGCCAGUGCCACGCUACUAGUCCUCGUUGGCUCGUUUUUCUGGAAAAGAGUUGACGCAGAAGACUCGGUUCUACAUAAGAAUUUCGGAGCGGAAUGGGAGGACUGGGCAAAGAGGACUUGGAAGUUGUUGCCCUUUGUCCAUUGA